AUGACGAUUUCAAUGAAGAUAAAGCCCUCUUUUCAAAUGAUAAGGACUUUCAAGAAGAGGACUCUGACUAUGCUUAUAAUCUAACCCCGGAGAUGGUAUUUCUCCUAGUUAAAAUAUUCAAAGGAAAUGAGCUAUUUGCUAAUAAUAGAAAAAGGAUAAUCCAAAACGUUCCACGAAAUAGACAGGUCAAAUUUGUACUACCAUCUAUGGACAAACACGACACUCAAAUAUUGGACUAUUCUCUUAAGACUUUAUAUAAUACUAAGCUCACAGAGAAUAAAAAAGAAGCUCUUGAAGUCUGGGCAAUAUUGAAACAAUCAAUGCUAGUAGCUAGAUCUUUGCUGUUGACCUCUUUUUCUCAUACCACACAGGUUAGAAGAGACUUGGCUAUUAAAGCUAUCAUUUCUUCCCAUCAACCCAGAGCUGAGUGCAAUAAGUUGUUUGGUGAAGAACUUGCUAAUUAUGUUAAAAAAGAAAAUGAAAUUUCUAAGUUUUUUAAUAAUAUCGCAUAG